AUGAACUCUGAAUACAAUGGAGCCACAGAAGCCCCAUGGCUCGUGAACAUCUAUGGAAAUGGCCAGAGAUGCCAAGGAGUUAUCCUGAGCAGCUUGUGGGUCCUGACAGCAGCCAACUGCUUCUUGUUGAUGAAUCCGAGCCAAGUAGAACUGAUCGGGUCUCCUGGGCAUGUCUCCACCAAGGCAGUGAGUCGGUUUCUGCUCCAUCGGGGCUUCAGUUCCUGGAAUACAGCACCCAAUAAUGACCUGGGUCUCAUCUUGCUUGCCCAGCCGGUUGAUUUAACAGCAAAAGACAUGUGGCCAGCUUGUAUUCCUCAGGAAGAAAAACCAUAUAACACCCAGGAGGAAUGCAGGAUUUUCGAACGAGGCCAAGAGGGAUCAACGAGAUGGUUCCUAAAGGAGACAAUGGUGGAGGCCUUGAGCAUAGCUGACUGUUCCAAGCAUUGGCCGAACACUAUAGAAGGCAGGAACUUAUGCGUGGCAGAAAAAGAUUCUCCCAAACUCACAACUUGCAAGGUGCCAGUAGGCAGUCCUGUGAUCUGUCAUGAUCCAUUUACUUGGGAAUGGGAGGUGAUGGGCCUCGUAAGCCAGAGCUUACACAACUGCACAAUCCCUAUUCUGGCUUCUCAGCUUUUACCCCAUAUACAGUGGCUGAAGCAAGUGGGAGCCUUAGAGAAUUCUCUCCAGCCAGAAGAUAAAUUACCUUCAGCAGCUGGACAGCAGCAACCCAUCCUGGUAGGAGAGAGUGAGGGGCUCGCCCCCACCCCCACCUACAGCCCCUCUGGCUUUAGGAGGAGCCGCCCCGCGAAGGGGUUUAAGCCGCCCCAGCCCCCUCGGGGGAGGCAGGGUGUUGCUUAUCUGCUCCAGGGAAGCCCCGAGCUGCAAGGGAAAACCCUGCGCCACGAGUCCUAUCGCAGAGAAGAGCUGACUGGAACUAAACCCGAGGAGUCGAUCUCGGAGCGGAGAGCUACCGCGGGGUAA